UGCUGGCUGCACACGGCAGGGUCAGGAGGUCUGGAGCACAGGGGCUGCCCAGGGCAAGGGAGGUGGCCAUAAAAGGGUUGAGGAGGGAGCCCUGAACAGCAUUAACCUGCAGAAGGAGGCUGCUGCGAAGAGAGGGAGCUAUGAGCAUGGGGCCUGCAGUGCUGCUGAUUGCUGGCCUGGCCUGGACCGUGCUGGAGACUGCAACCGCCACCGACUGGAGCUGUGCAAAGCCUGCGGAGAUUGAACAUGGCUACGUGGAGCACCUGAUCAAGUACCGUUGCGACCCGUACUACCAGCUGCGCGGCUCUGGUGACGGCACGUACAAGUGUGACGAGGAUCAUGAGUGGGUGAGCCCUGAAGCUGGCAAGGAGGUGCCUGUCUGCGAGCCAGUGUGCGGGAAGCCAAAGAACCCCCCCAGGCAGAUGCAGCGUAUCAUCGGCGGCCUGCUGGCCGGGAAGGGCAGCUUCCCUUGGCAGGGCCGGCUGGUGACCCGCCACAACCUCACCGUGGGGGCCACGCUCAUUGGUGACCAGUGGCUGCUGACCACGGGCAGGAACGUCUACCUGAACCACAGCGAGAACACCAAGCCGGAGGAGAUCGCCCCUACACUGCAGCUCUUCCUGGGCAGCCAGAAGGAGCCUGCCUUGGACAUCGAGCGUGUGGUGCUGCACCCCGGCUACCCAGAGACUGUGGAUCUGGCCCUGCUGAAGCUCAAGCAGAAGGUGCUCCUCGGGGAGGAGGUGAUGCCCAUCUGCCUGCCCCAGAAGGACUACGUGCGCCCAGGGCGGGUGGGUUACGUCUCGGGCUGGGGCCGCGGGGCCACCUUUGCCUUUCCCGACAUGCUGAAGUACGUGAUGCUGCCGGUGGCAGAGGGCGAGAGGUGCAGGGAGUACUAUGAGGCGCGGAAUGAGUCCUACUGGGUCCAGCCUAUCCUUAGCAAUGACACUUUCUGUGUGGGCAUGAGCGAGCUGCGGGAGGAUACGUGCUACGGGGAUGCCGGCGGCGCCUUCGCCGUGCAGGACCCCGAUGACAACACCUGGUACGUGGCUGGCAUCCUCAGCUACGACAAGACCUGCACCGUCUCCAAGUACGGCGUAUACGUGGACAUGCAGCGCGUCCUGGCCUGGGUCAAGGAGACGGUGGCGGCCGGCUGAGGGGGGUCUGUGGGGGAAUAAAACUGCCCCACACCUG